AUGGCUGCUAUAUCCAGAGACAAGAUACCUGCUAUUGGCCUGACCGUCAUUUAUGAGCCUGAGGGGGAGGCAAACUUGGAUGUAGUCUUCGUACAUGGGUUUACGGGCCAUCCAGUGCGGACAUGGACUCACAACGGAGGAUCUGAACGACUGGAUCAGGCUUCUGAGCCACCACCCAAAGCCAGAAAAGUUAACAUCUUCUCAAGGCCCCACGAACAAAAGAAAUCGACUCCUUCUUCUGCCUCUGUAUAUUGGCCCCAAGACCUUCUUCCAAAGAACCUACCGCAUGCCCGGGUCGCUACCUUCGGUUACGAUACCAAUAUCAGACAUAGACAUGUCGGUCCAAUGCUCAACAAAAGUACCAUUUAUGACAUGGCGAAAGAUUUCUUGUAUCGACUCGAAGCCCUUCGCAGAUCGAAUAGCUCCAGGCCUCUCCUUUUCAUCGCUCACAGCCUUGGCGGCAUAAUGGUCAAAGAGGCCUUGCGGCAAGCGUACAACAAUCAGAAUCGACAUAUUCAGCUUAGACAAACAUUCGACUCGACCAUUGGCAUACUCUUCUUUGGGACACCUCACGGAGGCGCUGAUCCACGUGGACUUGUCGUGGGAAUUAUCGAGAGACUUGCCAAAGGAUUGGGAUUCGAGGCUAACCAGCAUGUUCUCAACACUUUGCUGCCGGAUUCGGAGUGUAGGCAGCUGAGGGACGAGUUCAAUCCGGUCCUUCAAGAUCAAAACUGGAUCAUCUAUUCGUUUCAAGAAGGGCUUGCACUGUCGGGUCUUGGACAAAGGGUCGUGGAAAAUAGUUCGUCAUGCCUGAACUUCCCGAAGACUGAGAUGACCAUCUCAAUUGGGAAGGACCACCGUGAAAUGUGCGUCUAUGACCCCCAGUAUCAAAAGGUGGCAGCAGCUCUGGAUCGUAUUGCGGAACAAGUCUCGGUGUCCCCAUCAACAUCUGACGUGGGAUUGCCCGCCUCAUUUCCUGAUGAGCAAGAACCCCCGGAGGCGAUUUCGCUGGACCACCAGAGCAUUCAAACACUGCUGGAUUCGUUGAGAUUUGAGCAGAUCGACUCACGGCAGGAAAGCAUUCGGGUGGCGCACAAAAACACUUGCGUCUGGGUAACGAAAACACGAGAAUACAAAGACUGGCUUGACAUCAACAAGAUGGAGGAUCAUCACGGCUUCCUUUGGAUGAGAGGAAAAGCAGGAAGUGGAAAGUCAACUUUGAUCAAAUCGACCCUCAGAAGCUUUCAAAACUCCAAGAGCAGCAAGGGUACUACGGUCAUCCACUUCUUCUUCAACGCGCGGGGUGCUGAGCUGGAGAAGACCACAAGAGGGAUGUACCGGGCACUUCUCGUUCAACUACUGGAGAUACUGCAGAAGAAAAUGCCCCAUUUUCAAAGGGAUGUCUUCAGGUCGGCUGCUAUCAAAACUUGGAAUGUAAGAGAAGGUCGCGAGUGGUCCGUCGCAAUUCUGGAAGAGCUUUUCGAAAACGCCAUUUUGUCUAUUGGUCAGGAAGAAGUGACAUGCUUCAUCGACGCGCUGGACGAAUGUGAUGACGAGCAGGUUGAGCCGAUGAUUCGACUUUUUGAGAGAAUCGGCGAACAAGUUGUCUCCAAUGGCCUGCGCUUUCGUAUCUUCUUUUCUAGUCGACCUUAUCCAGAUAUCUCACUGGACACCUGUCUCAACCUCUUGCUUGACGGCCAGGAGGGGCAUGUCAGGGAUAUCAAGACUUAUAUUCAGAAGGAAUUGAGGGCUGGUGAUCAGCAGACUAAGGAUCAAUUACUGUUGAGGGCAUCAGGGAUUUUCAUGUGGACUGUCCUGGUCGUGGACAUCUUGAAUAAGGAGAAGCGCAAAGGGACACCCAAUCACUUAGUCACCAAAAAACUCAAAAAGAUCCCGGGCGAUCUAUGGGAGCUGUUCAAAAGCAUUUUGAACCGAGACCAGGAGGACAAAGACCAGCUCCUGCUUUGUAUCCAGUUGCUAUUGUUCACGCGAAAACCGUUGGGUCCGGAGGAGUUUUACCAUGCUCUUCUUGCCGGGAUUGAGACUGACGACGAUUCAGUGUUUGAGGACAACUCAGAGUUCGACGACUACGCAGUGCUCGGGGAGAACUCUGAUUCUGAGCACAGUCCAAGUUUUCAUGUUCAAUCAGAUCCAGACAAGGAUUCACAUUCCCUAGAUGAAGGCACUUCUGCGACCGGGGAUGCUUUGAGAGCCACAGUUCCUGAUAUCCCUAGAUUCAUUCGGAGUAUUUCCAAGGGCCUUGCUGAGAUCACACAGUCGAAGAAAGCCCCAGUUGUGCAGUUCAUCCAUGAAUCGGUGCGAGAUUUUCUUCUGAAAGAAGAAAAAAGGGGGUUGCGAGUGGUUUGGCCCGAGCUUGGCGACGAUUUUGAGGCGCAAAGCCAUGAGAGAUUGAAGCAAUGCUGUUUCCAGUACUAUAUGCGGAGGGACAUUCUGACCAUCCUCAGCGUUGGUUUCGACAUUGCACUUCCCAAAGCUUCAGCUGAGGAAGGCCGUGCCCUCCGCGUGAAGGCUACAGAGACCUUUCCAUUUCUAGGUUAUGCUACCCUAAACGUCCUCUGGCAUGCUGAAUGUGCACAAAUUACUCAAGUUGGCGCUAUUUCGCAACAAGGGUUCCUCGAUAAAGACUUCGACUUACGGAUAUAG